UUCAGCUAGAUUAAAGACAGCAAGAUUGUUGCAAAGUGUUUCUAAAUAUUUCAUAAUGGGAGAUACAAUAGUUUCAACCCUUCUACAAUUACUUGUCGUGACGUUUAUUGGACUAUGUCUGGCACAGCCGACACCCCCGGGGCUGAGGGCACGAAUAACAACGAAGGGAAUGGAUUAUGUAUCCAGUGUAGCUGUAAAGAUACUCCGAGAGAAAGUUCGGGGCAUACGUAUAAAAGAUGUCUUUGGCGAAUCGCAUAUCGGAAUAGGCGAUGCCAAAUACAGUUUCACAAGAAUGCAGCUUGAGGGGUUCUCAGGUCUCGGAACCAAGGUUGUCCCAGUGGCGGGACGAGGUUUGGAGUGGACAGCUAAUAUCGGGGAUCUAAGUGUUAACGGAGGCUGGGAAUACGAAUUGGAAUUAUUCUUCUUCGAUAUCGAUGACGAUGGGAGUUUCUCAGCCUCAGUUUCGGAUGUUAGUUUCAAGAUGGGCCUUUCACUUGGUCGUGACCCCCAGGGCCAUCUGACUGCACGCUCAAGUAGUUGUUCCGCUAAUGUAGGGGGCGCUAGUGUUAGAUUUAGCGGUGGGGCCAGUUGGCUUUACAAUCUCUUCUCAGAUGAAGUCGAGGAUUUACUCAAGGACGAAUUGAAAGAAAUAAUUUGUCGUGAGGCAAUAGAAGCUGUCAACGAUGACGCAAACAGAUACCUUUCGCGUAUUGACCUAAGUGUUGGACUGGGCAAGGACGACCAAAUGAUGCUAGAUUAUGCCAUUGCUGCUGCGCCGAUUUUUACUGUAAACCAUGUGGAAACGUAUCACAAGGGUGACGUUUAUUGGACAGCAGGUGAGCAGAGGAGCUCAGUCCGAGGCCCCGCUCCGCUUCCCGAGAGCACAGAGAGUUCAAGCAUGUUAUACGUCUGGGCCUCCGAUUACGUUCUACGUACGUUUGCGGACAUUGUACAAACACAUGGCAUACUGCAGAGACAUCUGCAUCCGAAUGACUUUCCCAUUCAUAGGCGAGGCGUAUUUAACACUACCUGUCACGUAGGGCUGUGUAUAGGUGGCGCAAUGGCACAGCUUGGUCGAACGUACCCAAACACGACAAUGUCUAUGCGAUUGGCAAGCUCGGUCACACCGAACGUUACCAUAACCCCCCGUGGCGUGCGAUUACGUUUCCAAGGAAGCAUUGAAUUCUCGGCAAAUGUUCUUGGUGAAGAGAAGCAUGCCCUCACUGCAAAUGUGACUUUAUUCAUCUUGGCCAGCGCAUCAAUUGAUGCACAGAACAACAGGGUAACUGGACAGAUCGCUCGUCAUCGCGUGAGAAUAGCUGUGGCAGAUUCAGCCAUAGGGUUCGUACAUGAUGCUGGCCUGCAGUUCUCCGUCGCAGCCAUAUUGAACAUGUUCGUUGUCCCGCAGUUAAAUGAACUUGGAGCAAAGGGGAUUUCUAUUCCAAAUAUUGGUGAAGUGAAAUUGGUGAAUCCUCAUCUACAGUUGUUCCAGAAUGCGAUCAUGGUGAAAACCGAUGUUAGUGGCAUCCCUCGAGAUUGAGAUGGACAGUUUGAUAACAUAUUGGACGCUAAAUUAAUUCGUACACAAAAUCCUUUUGCACGAUGUGUGUAUGAGCAACUCAAUCUAUAUAACUUGCAGUCAGUUGGUCAAAAAAUGGUGCUUUAUAUAUAUAGCAAGUGCAAUUAUACUGCUAACUGACUGCACUUAUAGAACUUGUUCUCUAUUUGUAUAAUUAUAUCAUCUUUUGCACUGUUAAAAGUUAAAACCCUCCUGAUAUAGAAAAUGUAAAUAAUUAU